AUUACAGAUACUAAUAGACUAGUAACCUAGCCAAACACUAAAACUGAACUUGAACCAGAUUUCCGUAAUUUUGCCUAACCGUUUGUACAGAAAACGUUAAUUGCAUAUCCUGUUCAAUUAAGCUUAGUACGAAAUGUUGUACACUAAUUCUUCUUAUGCUUGAAAUAUGAUGGGAUAUUGAAAAUUCUUAUUCAUUUAUACUUCUAAUGUCAUUUUUAUGCGUACAUUAAUUUCUUCGCGAGGAGCAGCAACAACCCCUAAACUAUCAAUGACGUAUCGUAUGAGACUUGAAAUGAUAUGUACGUGGGACUCAGACUGAUAUAUAUCUUUUUGGAUUUGGAGGUCAUUAUUUAACAAAAUAUGACAUUACUGUUCUAUUUUCGGUUUCGAGCAUUUAAUUUAAAUAUCGAUUUAUAUCUGCUGAUUUGCAAUAAUUUCGGAAGUCAAGCGUGGUGUUUGUAUCAGUAAACCGCCGACAUUUGAAUACAUUGUAUACUAUCUUAUUAUCAUAACUGUUCUUCCAGUAAACUGUGGACGGAUAUAAUUAUUUUAACUAUCAUAUUUAGCAUGAAAGUUGGUUUUCAAAGACAUCGCUUAUCGAUGGUUUUAUAUGAUAAUAUCAGUCUACCGGACAUGGCAUAAUAUACAACCAUUAUUGGAUUUAGUUUAAAUGUAAUAUACGAAGUUCAUACUGCAAGUAGGAUAUUUACCGGAUACAUGUGCAAUGUUGACAAGAGUUUCUCUGAGACGUUUCAUUUGUUUAUAUUGUGCUUUUCUGGUAGUAUUUGUUCCAGCAUCAUACCAGUUAUAUACUCUGACAACAAUAGUUGCUCUGUCCGAAGCAAAUGAUUCUAGCUACCCGUCAUUCUGGUCACGUGGUCCAGUGUAUGCAGCAUGGUUUCAUGCCAAGCCAUGGAGUUUAAUACUUGUACUUGUGUUCCUUUAUUUAAGUGUCUGCUGCUUGAUGUGCUCUUGCUAUAUAUUUAUCCAACCAAUUGUACAGAUGAUUUGGAGCAUUCUUAAAAAGUAUAUUCCAUGUCGUAUACGACGCCGCACAUGGUGUUUCUGCAACUGUUCAUGUAAAAGUUUGGAGCGAGUUUUGAAAGAUAUAUACGACAAUUAUUGCAACUUAGAACCUGAAAAUGAUGAAGUUCUGGACGAUAUUACCAAACGAUAUAUACUUUCAAUUCUUAACGGUUGCAAACAAAAGUUUAAGAUGAAAAAUAUGCAGUAUCGACUAGUAGGAAGUUCCGCUGAAGGUCUAGGAAAACCCUACACUUUAGAAUUGAACAAAGGUUACUCAGACCCGCUAGUAAAGUUCCUUCUUCGAUUCUUUUGUUGUUGUUGUCCAUGCUCAACAGCAUACACGAGUCUCCGAACUGACUUUGAUAUUAUUAUGGAAUGCGACAAUUCAAAUACAAACUUAGGCCGCAUCUUUAAACUAGAAGAUGUUGGAAGCGAAUCUUUUAAUCCGGGAUUUGUUUGCCUACAUUGUUCACAUACGCGGGAAAAUAAUUCAUUGGCUUUCUUGUGUACAAAUGUACAAGAACACAAUUACUUAUCUUCAAGCGCCGUUCGUAGCAAUAUAUCUGACAUAGUGAAUGAUUCCUCGGAGAAUGAAUUACCAUCUUCUAGUAUAUUUGGUGUUUUUAAGCAUCCCCCAGUUAUAGAGAUAGAAGAAAAUGGGCCCGCUGUAAAACUUGUGACGUACCCGCUUGGACAAGCUUGGUACUGGAAUGACGAUCAGAAAGUGGUGUCUUUCGAGGGAGAUAUUGUUUUUGGUAUUCGUUAUUCAGAGGUAUGGCCUACGUGUGCGGCAGGAUGGGAGAAUCGACCAAGACUAUGGCCAUCUGCGGAUAUUGUCAAGGAAAUAGUGAAAAGUGGGUUUAUUCUCGUUCCAAAACCGUCACACAACCGGACAGAAAAGGACGAUGAGAUUGAAUGGCAUAUCUCAUUUCCACAUUGUGAAACCUAUUUGAGCAAGAAAAUUCCAAAAGUAGCCAAGGCCUGUUAUUUAGCUUUGAAACUUGUUUUGAAAAAUCACUUGGUAUACCACUGUGACAAUUUAAAGACAUACUACCUAAAAACUAUUCUGUUAUGGGAACUUGAAAAACAUCCGGAGGAGUUCUGGGAAUUAGAAAAUAUUGUUGAAUGCUUUGAUUGUCUCCUUAGCCGACUAAUUUCCUGUGUUGAUACCAAAAAGUGUCCAAAUUAUUGGAUAGAGUCUCUAGAUUUAUUUGAGAAGAUAGAUAGACAGGAGUUGGGCUCUCUGGUGAAUGUAUUAGUUAAGAUUAGAGCCAACCCAGCCCCUUACAUUGAAGACAUUGGAAGUAUGUGGUGUUGAAAUAUUUAUAACAGAACAAAAAGUGACUAAUAACACAUUAUGCUGUAAAUCAAAACUACAGCUGUUGAGAUGGUAGUGUAAACAACAAAGUACAUGUAUAACAUUUGUGAAGGAAAAUAGGGACUUUUUUGGUAUUACAUAGCAUUCUUUUCAUGAUAUUUUCUAGAUUGAUGCAUAUUAUUGCAUAUUGAAAAGAAUAUGUGAAGUUGUAUGCUACAAAAGUAAUGGGAAUCAUAUACUAGUAUUAAAAACAACUUUGAAAAAAUUGUUCCUUACCAGCAUGGAAAAUGCCAUCUCAUUUUAUUUAUGGUAAGAAAAAGUGCUCUUAAAUUUCACUUUUUUUGACUGCUCUGCCACAUAAUUUUGCAGCAAAAUACUUUCAUACAAUUAAUGUACAUUAUCCACAGUAUGUGGGUAACUUCAUGUAUUACUAUGUUAUAGAUAUAGGCCGAAAACUGUCCGAUAUGUAAAAUAUUGAAUUUCAUGAGGCAUGUAGUAGUAAUUUAAAAUCUAUUACUAAUACUAUCUUUUGUGAUAAGAUCUGUAUGAAAAUUAUAUUCAUUUACUCAACAAAAGGUGAAACAGACCUAUAAAGCUCACCUGAGUAAAUGGAAAAAGCCCAACUUAUUCUAUAGUUGGUGCAGAAAAAAAGAAAACAAAAUCUGUUGUUAUAAAUAUACUUCUUUAUCAGCAUAAAAAAAUAAAUCAAAUUUUGCCAAGAUAUAUCUCAGAUGUCUUUUUCAUACAACAUAACAUGCAUGUCAACAAAAGUGAAGCAGAAAUAACAGAAAUUUCUGGAAUAUAAUGGGAAAACAAAACAAU